AGUUGGGAAUUAUAAACUUAUGAUUUCCGAGGCGCGCCACCUUGAUCCGCAAGAAAAUCCCCUCUCAUAUUCAAACACCGUUCACAACUCAUUGCUUCCCUCUCACACAUACUGUUAGUUUUUGUUCGUUGAUCAGUAUUCAAAUCGGAAACCUAUAUGGCGUUGGCGGUAGGCGCUGCCGCCGCUCCUCUGGGUUCGUCGGUGAUCUCGCUGGUGAACCGGCUCCAGGACAUCUUCAGCCGCGUAGGGAGCCACUCCUCCAUCGACCUCCCUCAGGUGGCCGUUGUAGGCAGCCAAAGCAGCGGCAAGUCCAGUGUCCUCGAAGCCCUCGUCGGCCGCGACUUCCUCCCACGCGGCAAUGACAUCUGCACGCGCCGCCCCCUCGUUCUCCAACUCGUCCAAAUCAAACCCUCUCAGGACGAGUUUGGCGAGUUCCUCCACUUGCCUGGCCGCAAGUUCCACGAUUUCUCCCAAAUUCGCUCCGAAAUUCAGGUUGAAACUGAUAGGGAAGCUGGAGGGAACAAAGGUGUCUCUGAUAAACAAAUUCGUUUGAAGAUUUUUUCGCCGAAUGUUCUAGACAUCACGCUCGUGGAUCUCCCUGGCCUCACCAAGGUUCCCGUCGGUGACCAGCCUUCGGAUAUUGAGGCUCGAAUUAGAACCAUGAUCAUGUCUUAUAUAAAAACUCCAACCUGUCUUAUUCUCGCGGUUACGCCGGCGAAUUCCGAUUUGGCUAAUUCAGAUGCUCUUCAGAUGGCGGCGAUUGCCGAUCCUGAUGGGAACAGGACAAUUGGUGUCAUCACGAAGUUGGAUAUCAUGGACAGAGGUACUGAUGCGCGAAAUCUGUUGCUAGGAAAAGUUAUUCCCCUCCGACUUGGUUAUGUCGGUGUUGUGAAUCGAUGUCAAGAGGACAUUUUAAUGAACCGAAGUAUAAAGGAUGCUCUUGUUGCUGAAGAGAAGUUUUUCCGCAGCCGUCCUAUAUACAGUGGAUUGGCAGAUAGUUGUGGUGUCCCUCAAUUGGCAAAGAAAUUGAACAAGAUUCUUGCGCAACAUAUCAAGGCAUUAUUACCAGGGCUGAGAGCACGUAUCAGCGCUUACCUAGUCACUCUUGCGAAGGAACAUGCAAGCUAUGGAGAAAUCACAGAGUCGAAGGCUGGACAGGGUGCUCUUCUCCUUAAUAUUCUUUCAAAAUACUGUGAUGCAUUCUCCUCCAUGGUAGAGGGAAAGAACGAGGAGAUGUCUACAUCUGAGCUCUUUGGUGGUGCACGAAUUCAUUACAUUUUUCAAUCUAUCUUUGUGAGAAGCUUAGAGGAGGUGGAUCCAUGUGAAGGUUUGACUGAUGAAGAUAUUCGCACAGCCAUACAGAAUGCAACUGGACCUAAAUCUGCAUUGUUUGUUCCAGAGGUCCCAUUUGAAGUUCUUGUGAGAAGGCAGAUAUCUCGUCUAUUGGAUCCAAGUCUUCAGUGCGCUAGGUUCAUAUAUGACGAGUUAGUGAAAAUCAGCCAUUGCUGCUUGGCAACUGAAUUACAGCGGUUCCCUUUCUUGAGAAAGCGCAUGGAUGAAGUUAUUGGGAGCUUUUUACGAGAAGGCCUAGAACCUUCUGAGACUAUGAUAACACACGUCAUAGAAAUGGAGAUGGACUACAUAAAUACUUCCCACCCAAAUUUUAUUGGUGGAAGCAAGGCUAUCGAAGCUGCAGUGCAACAGACCAGGUCUUCUAGAGUUGCUUUACCAGUUUCUAGCGCGAAGGAUGGGCUGGAAUCCGAGAAGGGACCAGCCUCUGAUAAAAGUGGGAAGACUCGAUCUAUUUUUGCAAGACAUGCAAAUGGAGUGGCGGCUGACAAGGGUGUUCUUGUUGCAUCGGAUGUUGAGAAAGUUGUGACAUCUGGAAGCAUUAGUGGAUCUAGCUGGGGGAUAUCAUCCAUUUUUAGUGGAGGUGAUAAUCGUGUGUCCAUGAAGGAAAAUACUGCUAGUAAACAGGAACCAGUCCAUAAUGAACAAUCAUUUUCUAUGAUUCAUUUGAGAGAGCCCCCUCACGUCUUAAGGCCUUUGGAAAGCAAUUCAGAUACAGAAACCGUUGAAAUCACAGUAACAAAGUUGCUUUUGAAAUCAUACUAUGAGAUUGUCAGAAAGAAUGUUGAAGAUCUUGUCCCCAAAGCAAUUAUGCACUUCCUGGUAAACAACACAAAGAGAGAACUGCACAAUGUCUUUAUUCAAAAACUAUACAGGGAGGAUAUGUUUGAAGAGAUGUUGCAGGAACCUGAUGAGUUAGCCAAGAAAAGAAAACACUGUCGAGAACUUCUCCGAGCUUAUCAACAGGCUUUUAAAGACUUAGACGAACUUCCUCUUGAAGCUGAAACAGUUGAAAGGGGAUACAGUUUGCCUGAAACUGCUACUAGCUUACCUAAAACUCGUGGAUUGCCAACAUCAUCUCUUUAUUCUACUGGCAGUUCGGGAGACUAUUACGAAGCUUCUCCCAACAACACUAAGUCUGAAAGGUCUUCACAUUCUGGGGAACUCCAAUCACCAUUGCAUGCUAAUAUGGAAACUAAUGGAAAUGGAGGGCCAUACACAUCAGGUUUUGAUCCCAUGGCUGAUUCUUUUGAGGUUUGGAAAUUUCCUGCUGGAGCUGUGUAAGAAAAAGUUCCUGCUGGAGCCAUGCAAAAAGAAGGUCCUGCUGGAGCUGGCUCCCCAUGAAAAUGCUCCUCAGUGGGGCCAUUUUUCAUCCAAGUUCCAUUUUGUGUUCAUAUAACGUUAUCGAUAUAUAUACCAAGGCUCCGUAAAUAAUAACCGGAGUAGAUUAGCUUUCUACGUAGCAAUUUUCUAGGAUGAUGCAAUUUUUUCAUUUUUGUUCACUGGAUGUCUAGCAGAUUGACCAUAUAACAAGCUAGAAAUAGAUGGCAAUGGUGAUUUUUUUUAACUCCUGUUUUUAUA